CGCAGGUGGCGCAAGAGUUCAAAAUUUCCCAUCUUCCUCUUCCGCCCAUCUCUGAUUAGCCCCGCCCACCGUCUCUCAAACAGCCACAGAAAACAGCAAAAUGGUUCCUCCGGUGCAGGUGUCGCCGCUUAUUAAGACGGCCAGAUGGUCAGCCUUGCUGGUUGGUGUGAUCUAUGGCAAAAAGAGAUACGACUACUUGAAGCCCAUCGCUGAGGAGGAGAGGCGGGUGGAGGAGGAGGAGAAGAAGGUCAGGGAAGAACAGGAGCGCAUUGCCAAGCAGCUGGCUGAAGCCAGUGAAGACACCAUUCUGAAGUAAAUGCACUGGAAUUGAAUUUGUUUAUUGGAAUAAAGAUGAAAAAUGAG